CCCUACUGGGCUACACGAUUACCGCAAUAAGCAGGUUUCGUAAAGUGAUCUAUUACUGUAGAAAGCACAGAAACUGCUGUCAUCUACUACCUUGCAACUGUAAUUUUGCGCUUAAUUAUGAGUAGCAAGAAAAGCUAUUUGAAAAGUGGGAAAUCGUCGUCAGAGUCACUUUACAGCCAAGCAUCUUCUUACCAAAAUGAAGUUGCCGGGCCCUCUGUAUCAUCGAUAUUCGAGCCUCCUCAAUUGAGAAGUCUUGACAGUGAUGUUGUGAUCAUUUUUAAAAGUUUUCAAAAACGUGACCCAAUAACGAGAAAACGAGCGCUUCAAGAGCUCUUGAACAUGAAAAAUAGUGAUGUCUUUGAGAAUUAUGAAUUUCUGAAUGCCUGGUCUGUUUAUUUUCCUCGUUUUGCGAUUGAUGAAGAUCGAAGUGUGAGGCAAUUGACGUUUAAGGCUAUGGGACUUAUUAGUCAGACGCUUGGACGCAAGAUUGCACCAUGGCUACGGCAAUUUAUGAGCUCGUGGCUUCUUGGGUUCUUCGACACAGACCGUUUGGUUUCUCGUACAGCCCGGGAAUCUUUGUUACUGCUUUUUCCAGAAGAGAAAUGGGAUAUGCUCUACGUCAAAUUUAGCGGCAUCAUUACUCCUUUUUGUAUUGAAAUUCUAAAGUAUGAAAGUCCGGAAACUUUGAGCGACCUUCGCUUUGUCUCGGUGGAAGAUUCAAAUAACAAGUAUAUACGAGUUGUUUGCUCAACAAUCUCUAUGUUUCGAUUACUUGUUGAGAAACUUUCAAAUGACGAACUCGAAAAAUCGGGAGUCAUUGAGAGCCUCCAAGAGUUACUCGAAAGUGGGUUACUUUGGGACUUUGCCAGUGCUGGUGAUUCCGCCAUCAAAAGGCGUGUUUAUGGUUUAUUUACUGCUUUGCUUCACCAUCGGCCAGACCUUUUGGAGCCUUACUGUGUAAAGUUUGGAAAUGAAAGUCAUCGGAUGUUAAAAAAUGCGGAUGGUUUGUCCUGUAUUGAUAUGUUGAUAUUUCUCAGAACCACUGUUGGACAAUUUCCCUUGGCGAAAACUGAAAUGCUGAAGGAACAUAAAAAGCGAACGAUUCAGAGCCGGUUGCAGAAUCUGAUCUCUCGCAAACUUUGCUCUCCCGGUACUCGUUUCUACGAUGAAUUUAAUAAUUUGGUAGAUGCGUUAGGCUGUGAUUCAAUCAUCCAAAAUCUUGAGGAUUUUAAUGGGUUUAUUGCGGCAUUUAUGGAGGCUGCUGAGAAAGAACAGCGUUGUUUCGCAAAUGAUGUGUAUCUCCAUAUGUUUGACUUUGGAAAGUUGUUGUAUUACAACUGUUGUGAAAGUACUCGACAGUUUAUCUUGGAAUCUAACCGAAAGAAUAUUGUCAACUUUCUGAGGAACGCAUGGCAGCCCCAUUGCGCAAGUACCGACUUUAUUCAUACAAUGAUGAACACGUUUUUAAAUACUUCCAAAGAAGCCCUAGUUAUUUUGACGGAUAUCAUUGAUGAAUUUUUUAAAACGUAUAAUGUUACUGAAGCGUCUUUCGAGGAUCUGGAAGUUACUUUAGGGCUACUCGAAGCAAUUUUCCUUGUUCCUUAUGAUGAGGAAUAUCCUCACAAGUUGCUGGUAUCAUUUCUGGAAAUUUACUUGAACUUUGUCUUCAGCGUUCUUAGCCUUGAGGGUGUUGGACGGGACCGUUGUUUGUUGGCGUUGUCGCGAAUUUGUAGCUUCUUGUCCACUAACCAUGUCUCUCUUGACUCUUCUCAUACAAGUUUACUGAAAUUUGCUACCGAGAAUCUUCCUUCGCUUAUUGUGAUGAAUACAUCAGAGUCGGCAUUCAUUUUGUUACGGGUUUUACUAUCUACUCUGAACACCGAGAAUGCCAAACAUGUGUGGUCCGUUGUUCUGAAUUCAAUUCUUAAAUGCCCCGACGAUAACCAGCGUGUUUCAUUGUUAAAUAAGCUUCCUUUCAUCCUUUCUACAAAGGAGUUGGCUCACAAGCUCGAUUUAUCUCCCGAACUAAACCAAUAUUUUCAGUCUGCAGUGAAAGCAUUAACAAAAACGGACAGUCCGGAUUGGGCUUUAAUUCAGCAUAUUAUCGAUUCAAAAGAUAUACUUGUAUCUGACGCUACGGUAAAAUACUGCUUCUGUGACAUUGCUUACUUUAUUAAAAGCAGGAAUUUUGUUACUAAUAUUGAUGCGCUAAUAGCGAUGAAAAAGAUAUUUGAGUGUUUUGCUGAUGACUUGCAAGAUUUACUGUCUGAAGACAAGAGUGCGCUUAAAACGAUAUAUAUCCUUUUUGUUGAGACGCCCUCAGACAUCACAUACGCAGAGUUGAUGGAGUAUCAAAAUGUUAAGCGUGAUGUAUUGGCGGUGUUGACAAGUGCAACUGCUAAGAAUGCUCAACUACGUGAGGACAUAUUUGAGUCCGCAGUACUUUUUAUUCGGGAAUGGCUUUUGGUCCGGCAGCGUAAUGCCCGUGAUGUGGUAGACAAAUGCAUUCGUUUUCUGGAAAUGUUUAAUUUUUCCGAAAGCCUUAGCAUUUUUGCCUUUUCCUCAGAAUAUUGGGACAACUUCAAGCGUGUGUAUGUGCCGUUGGUAGCUUCUCACUAUUUUCCCAAUACGAGUCAUCUUCUUUCUUGGCUUGAUCUGAUCGAAAUGGAUAUAUGUACUGCUCCCUUGGAUAACCACUUGGAUACUUAUAUUCGAGCUAUGAGUUUUGACUUGGCUGUACUCGUUAAUUCAAAAUGCAAUGAUUUCCCACCGAGCUACCUUAUUUUCGCAAGAUUGGUCUGCAGGGUGAUACUUGAAUUGGGAAAUACUUCAAGAUCAAGAACGUCGAUGCUUGAAAGCUUUAUAAAUGAUUUCGACAAUUAUGUGCACUCCUGUGUUCGUAACACUUCCGAGAGUUCUGUUUUUGCGAAUCUGAUGCAGAAAUUGUUUGACUACUCAUCAUCGAUACUCGAUUUUCUUAAAAGCGAAAGUGUUUCUUCAUCUGAGAACAUUUCCAUGGAACAGAUUGUUUACGCUCAGUCACUUAGCGAUUUUGUAAAAGUUGCAUUAUUUAACAUUGAAUAUUCGAGUGAUGAUCUUGAAACAUUUCUUCAGAAUAUCGGUCUGACCAAACGUGACAAUUUGUCGAAGGCCGUACUUCUUGAGAUGUUGGGAGACAGAAUUCAUGAUACCAAGUCAAUUGAACGUGUUCGUUUUGAGGCGGCAAAUAAUCUGGCUGGAAGGUUAACUGAAGCAAAUACGAUUCAAAAUCUUAUCGUACUUACUGCUUCUUUACCCGGAAAAGCGAAGGAGAAACCAAUCUUGCCUCCUACAAGAGCUGUUGUUCUCUUACAAAACUUGUUUCGUCAGGUGAAGACUGACUUUUUGGGCGGUGGAUCCGUUACUGAAGGGGUUUUGUUCCUGGCGUUUUCAUGCAAGUUUAUAUCCUCGGCUCCUUCUCUUCCUAAUGGAUUGUGGACGGAAUAUUUGGAUUCUUUACGUCUAGUAUUAGAAAUGUCUUCUAUGCAGUUGCCUGGUUUAUUGUCCUUACAGUUUUAUGCAUUACGGAUGUACUCGGUGUUCCUGAAGAUUUCUGAAGACAAUGAGCAUGUGCAGUCUCUGUUAGAGGACUCGAAUCAAGUAUUUUACGAGUGUUUUGUACAAAAGUUCUUUGGUGUUACCUCGUCGCCUUUGAAGAAUUCCAUAACGAUGAGAAUGUGCACAUCAUUACUCAUCAAAUUCUUAAGAAAUUGUCCGGUUAAGUUGAUACAGAAGCGCAGUUAUGGAGAAUUAUGUCCGAACGUUUCAGAAGGUCGGGAUGUUGAUCUCCAACUGUUAGCUUUGAGCUUUUUAAAACAGAAGGUCGUUAGCGACAUCGAAGAGAAAACUCUUCAGUUGUCAUUGAAUGAAAAUGAAGAAGAAGAGGUUGAAGUUCCUGAUGAAUUGCUUUCGAUAAUUGUUGACCACCCAGAUGACCCUACCGAGAUGCUGAGGAAUGUUGACAGUAAUGAGUCCUUCUUGCGCUCUUACCUACUCGCCUGGGAGGUUGCAUUUCUUUUCCUUGACAGAACAAUUUAUCAGAUAAAAAAUUCUAUAACUCAACAAAUUGUUGAAAUGGACUUACUGGAACCAUUAUUGGAUUUCCUCGUUGAACUCCUUCAACUUAAUUAUACGAAACCUGUGGAUGUCAGCAAGUACUCUAUUGUUUCUUAUUCGCUUCAUGAUUAUGAUUCCGCCAUCGAUCGCUUACGCUCUCUGGGAACGCACAUAUUGUACCAAUGCUUGAGUAAAAUGCCGUCUGUUGUACGAGCUUCCUGGGCUGGUUUCAAGAAUCGGGCGUUUACUAGCGUUAUGGAAUCUUUUGUUGAAAAGCAUAUUUCUCCAAUUAUGGUUAAUGCGUCACUCGAUGAUGUUGAGAACGCACUUCAGACUACGAACUUUCAUUCUGCAAAUGAUACGGAGAUUAAGGUUAACAGGCUUACACGUGAGGUGUUGUUUAUCUAUCGCGUUGAUGAGCACAAACUGGAAUUGUCUAUCCGUAUUCCGGCAGCAUAUCCUCUUCGACAAGUUCGAAUUGAAGGACUUCAGCGUGUCGGCGUUAAUGAAAGACAGUGGAGAGCGUGGAUUUUGGCUUCCCAAAGCAUGCUCGUUUCGCAAAACGGCACAAUUUUGGAUGCAUUAUUGCUACUAAACAAAAACAUAUCUCUUCAUUUUGAAGGUGUGGAGGAGUGUGCAAUUUGUUACGCUGUGCUAUCGAUGGAACGAACCCUCCCUAACAAGAAGUGUGCUACGUGCAAGCAUAAGUUCCAUUCUGCUUGUUUGUACAAAUGGUUUAAGUCGUCUAAUGCAAGCCGCUGUCCUCUGUGUCGUUCUAGCUUUUCAUUUGCCUAGCUUUAUAGAGGUUCCGAUUGGAUCCACGCAGUGCGGAAAGCUACGAUCCUUUCAAAAAUUAUUGCUAUUCGGACAACCUGGUGGUCUAAUCUGAGCAUGCUCGAGGUAUACUCUGGGUUUGCGCUGUAAAUUCAAUUUGAUGAGGUUAACAGGUUGGUUCUAUGAUUACUAACAACAUAAUGGAAGUUUUUGAUGUCAGAUAAUGUUAUUAGUAGAGAUUUAAUGAAAAUACUCUGGUUUUUUGUGGUCACUUUAAGACAUACAAAACUAUAGCUAGAACGUAUUACGAACUCUUAUAUGUUUCGUUUACAAUUUGUGUGUCAAUCGAUGUUGUUCACCUACUACAGUUGAUUGGGUAUGCUUUUUGUUUACAUUAUG